AUGAUGGAUGACAAGUUCAGCGUCUUGAGGGUUGUGAAGAACCCGACCAUCCACAGGUAUGCUGCGUACGCUUCGACCGUCCCUACAGCAGAGGAGGUUUACGAGUACGCGAUGAAGGUGAACCCCAUGGAUGCUGCCUUGAAAGCAGGGGUGCAGCAGAUGUCGAUCUUAGGCCACGAGCUGACCUACGAGCGGCUGCGCGAUUACGAGGAGAGAUUGUACGGCGGCUCUGCGGAGAGGGUUAUUUCCAAGUACGUCAACCACAUGCGUAAGCUCUGCGAGCGCUGGGGCAUUCGCACGGGCGACGAUCAAGUGCUUGAGGAGCUGGCGAGGCAGAACCAGACGGUUCUUGAAGUCACCGCCAACCCACCGCCCCCUGGCGGGUACCCAAUCUUCGACCCCGAGGAUAUUGACGACAUCUUCAACGGUGUGGAGGAGGGCUUGCGGCAGGACCCAAACGAUAUCCUGCUCCUGCGGCUCGCCGCCAUGCUCACGCUGUGGAUUAAGGGGCUCCGGCCGAUAGAUGGGCCGUGGUCGAGGAAAGACCGUUACGCCUCAAUCCCUGAGCAUGUGGAUGAGGCAGAAAAGUACUUCAAGCGAGUGCUGGAGCUGACGCCUUCGGACCCAAAGACCAUCUGCUUCUAUGGGAAGCUGCAGGAGGCGUUCAGAGGAAACUACGAUGAGGCGGAGGUGCUGUACAGAAAGGCUCUUGAGAUCAACUGCAACCAUGUUCUCACGUUGUCCUUCUAUAGCUGGUUUCUUCGUGACAUCCGGAACAGCUCGGAUUGGAAGUUGUAUCAUGAGAGGAGAAAUCUUCUCAUUGACAGGGUAAGGCUCUGCGACUAUAACAUGGAAAAAUACUUCCUUCCCUCGAUCGAGAAAGCCGAUCUCAGACCGAUGUAUCAGGCCGUUGCUGAAGGAACGCUAGAGGGAGAGUACGGCAUGACCCCCCGUAAGUAUCUCCGUGUCCCCGCACCCACCAAGCAGGAGCUCAUGGAAGUGGGGUACACGGAAGAGCAGGCGGAGAGGAGCCAGGGAGGGCCUGUGAACGACUUCGACCUGGAGGGGGAGGCAGGCUUGUGGAACUGGAGGGGAUGGUACCGCUCGUUCUGGAGGCACCAAGACAAGUUGAGCGAGGGCAACUACACCAUGCGGAACCCCAUGGGCCCGUCGUGGAGGGAGCAGAGGAACAUGACUAAGACUUACAAGAUUUGGAAGGACGUGAUCUACUGUCUGAGACACCCGGGCAUAUAG